CAUGACGUUUGUUUGUAAUUCAGUGACCUGGCAUGUGGCAAAAUUGUGACAGAUUCAUUCCUUUUUUUGCAUUAGAGAAAAAAAUCUAUUAAUUCUUAUUUGGCUAAUAAAACAAUUAUUAGUUAAUUUAGUUUUUAUUCAUUUAUCAGUUUAAUUAAAUUCUAGUCUUUCACUUUUUUUUUUCUCUAAUUUAUAAUUAUUGACAGAUUAUUCCUAACCUAAUUGUCCGCUUACCGGGUUGAAUUAUUAUUAAUUUUUAAAAUAUAAAGAAAAUUAAAAUGCACUCAGUUCUAACGAGAGGAAAUGCUAUAUUAGCAUAUACCCUUAGUGUUUCAGCGUGUCUCACUUUUGCCUGUUUUUUGUCAACAGUUUUUAUCGAUUAUAGAACGAAUGUUGCGCUCAACACAGGUGGAGUACUUGUAAAAAAUGUACCAGAUUUUAGUGUAUCCAGAGAAAAGAACGACUUGGGUAUUUUAAAUUUUGAUAUAAAAACUGAUCUCACCAAAUUGUUUAACUGGAAUGUUAAACAAUUAUUUUUAUACCUCACUGCUGAAUACAGUACUGAAGCAAAUGCAGUGAAUCAAGUCGUCUUAUGGGACAAAAUAAUAUUACGUGGUGAAGAAACGAAUAUUAAUAUGAAAAAAAUGAACAUGAAAUACUAUUUUUGGGAUGAUGGAAAUGGUCUCAGGGGAAAUAAAAAUGUGACACUAUCUCUAACGUAUAAUAUUAUUCCAAAUUCAGGAUUACUUCCAUUUGUUACUGCAACUGGAUCUCAUAAAUUGUUAUUCCCAUCGGAAUAUACAAAAUCGCGGAUGUAAAUUUAUUUUUAAAUGAAAUUUAGAGGUUUUUUUUAAAAAAAAUAUUUGCAUUUAACAACAAAAACAAUUUCUGUCAAAUUGUUAAAAUAUAAAGAAAAAUAAAAAUCGAAAAAUCUUUUUCACAAA